AUGUCGCACCGAAAGUUCGAGGCACCCCGUCACGGCUCCCUUGCCUUCCUCCCGAGAAAGCGCGCUGCUCGUCACAGAGGCAAGGUAAAGUCCUUCCCUAAGGAUGACCCCAAGAAGCCUGUCCACCUCACCGCAACCCUCGGAUACAAGGCUGGUAUGACCACCAUCGUUCGCGACCUCGACCGACCUGGUGCGAAAUCACACAAGAAGGAGAUUGUUGAGGCUGUUACUGUCAUUGAAACACCACCGGUGAUCGUUGUUGGUCUCGUGGGUUACAUUGAAACUCCUCGUGGUCUUAGAUCUCUCACAACCGUCUGGGCUGAGCACUUGAGCGAUGAGGUUAAGCGUCGAUUCUACAAGAACUGGUACAGAAGCAAGAAGAAGGCCUUCACCAAGUACGCCAAGAAGCACUCCGAAAGCUCUGGCUCCUCCAUCACCCGUGAACUCGAGCGCAUCUCCAAGUACUGCACUGUCGUCCGUGUACUCGCCCACACCCAAAUCCGCAAGACCCCUCUCAAGCAAAAGAAGGCACACUUGAUGGAAAUCCAAGUCAACGGCGGUAGCAUUGCUGACAAGGUUGAAUUCGGCAAGAACCUCUUCGAGAAGCCAGUCGAGAUCAGCACCAUCUUCGAGCAAGAUGAGAUGAUUGAUGUCAUUGCUGUCACCAAGGGUCACGGUUUCCAGGGUGUCACCAGCAGAUGGGGAACUAAGAAGCUUCCGAGAAAGACACACAAGGGUCUCCGAAAGGUUGCUUGUAUUGGUGCCUGGCAUCCUUCCCACGUCCAAUGGACUGUUGCUCGUGCCGGUCAAGAUGGAUACCAUCACCGUACCUCGACCAACCACAAGGUUUACCGUAUUGGCAAGGGUGAUGAUGAGGGUAACGCAUCAACCGACUUUGAUGUCUCCAAGAAGCAAAUUACUCCUAUGGGUGGCUUUGUCCGUUAUGGUGAGGUCAAGAAUGACUUCAUCAUCCUUAAGGGUUCCGUUCCUGGUGUCAAGAAGCGUGUCAUGACUCUCCGAAAGUCCAUGUUCGUCCACACUUCAAGAAAGGCCUUGGAGAAGGUUGACUUGAAAUGGAUCGACACCUCGUCGAAGUUUGGUCACGGCGCAUACCAAACUCCUGCCGAGAAGCAUCAAUUCCUGGGUACGCUCAAGAAGGAUAUCGAGCAAAAGGCAUAAGCUUGUUCUCGUUGCUUUUUCCCUUUUUCUACUUCCUGGCAGGGCAUUACGAUACUGGUGUAGUGGGGGAUUCAUUGCAUUUCGUGCUUACGAUGUCACCCGCUAGGGCAUGAACUAGAUAGGGAUUCUAUGAAAACAUGUCCAAAAGCAAUCAACAAGAAGAAUCUUAACAUGCACA